CCGGCGCACGUGAGAACCGAGGAGCGCCGGGAGCCGCCCCGCUGCCCGGAGCCCCGGAACCCAGGACGCGGGGAUGUCGGAGGCGCCGCCGCCCGUUCCCCGAGGAGACGCCGCCUCCGGGAUCCCCGGGCAUGGUGCGCGCCCGGGCCGGCAGCGCCCGGAGAAGACGGCGCCCCCUAUGCCCGACCCCCGUGGCCCGGGCCGCGCCUCUCGAGCCCUCUAGGCGGCCGCAGGGCCCCAGCCGCUCCGCCGCCGGCGCCCCCUCGGAAACCAUGACCCCCGGCGCGGGCCCAUGGAGCCAUGGCCUAUAGGGUCCUGGGCCGUGCGGGGCCACCUCAGCCGCGGAGGGCGCGCAGGCUGCUCUUCGCCUUCACGCUCUCGCUCUCCUGCACUUACCUGUGUUACAGCCUCCUGUGCUGCUGCGACGACCUCGGCCAGAGCCGCCUCCUCGGCGCGCCUCGCUGCCUCCGCGGCCCCAGCGCGGGCGGCCAGAAACUUCUCCAGAAGUCCCGGCCCUGCGAUCUCCCGGGCCCGACGCCCAGCGAGCCCAGCGCUCCCAGCGCGCCCGCCGCUGCCGCGCCCGCCCCUCGCCUCUCCGGUUCCAACCACUCCGGCUCGCCAAAGCUGGGUACCAAGCGGCUGCCCCAAGCCCUCAUUGUGGGCGUGAAGAAAGGGGGCACCCGCGCCGUGCUGGAGUUUAUCCGCGUGCACCCGGAUGUGCGGGCCUUGGGCACCGAGCCCCACUUCUUCGACAGGAACUACGGCCGCGGGCUGGACUGGUACAGGAGCCUGAUGCCCCGGACCCUCGAGAGCCAGAUCACACUGGAGAAGACCCCCAGCUACUUCGUCACUCAAGAGGCCCCUCGCCGGAUCUUCAACAUGUCCCGAGACACCAAGCUGAUAGUGGUCGUGCGGAACCCCGUGACCCGCGCCAUCUCCGAUUACACGCAGACGCUCUCCAAGAAGCCGGACAUCCCUACCUUCGAGGGCCUCUCCUUCCGCAACCGCACGCUGGGCCUGGUGGAUGUGUCCUGGAACGCCAUCCGCAUAGGCAUGUACGCGCUGCACCUGGAGAGCUGGCUGCGCUACUUCCCGCUGGCCCAGAUCCACUUCGUCAGCGGCGAGCGGCUCAUCACUGACCCAGCCGGCGAGAUGGGGCGGGUCCAGGACUUCCUGGGCAUUAAGAGGCUCAUCACGGACAAGCACUUCUACUUCAACAAGACCAAAGGAUUCCCUUGCUUGAAAAAAACAGAAUCGAGCCUCCUGCCUCGAUGCCUGGGCAAAUCGAAAGGCAGAACUCAUGUACAGAUCGAUCCGGAAGUGAUAGACCAGCUCCGGGAAUUUUAUAGACCUUAUAAUAUUAAAUUUUAUGAAACUGUUGGGCAGGACUUCAGGUGGGAAUGAGCCAGCGAGAUGCAAGGGCUCUUCCACUUGUCUCUUCCACGAGGUUUGCCCUGAGAGCCCUUGACCCUCUGCCCCCAGGGAACCCAGGCUCCAACCCCUGUUCCUAUCUCAGAUUUCAUCAUCCUGGAACCGGGGAGCCCAGACAAGGCCAAGAGACCAGAGGGGUCCCUGCCACUAGCCCUCCCAGUCUGUCCAUGCAAAGCUGAUCUGCUUCUGGCAUGUCCGGUCAAUUCUGAAUUGUUUCCCUUCAGCC